AAUUUAUGCUUAUUUAUCUAUGGGUGUGGACGCAUCUUUACAUGACAGAUUUGACGAUUGGUAUUAGAUUGAACCUAGACUGUCAAAUGGCUGUCAAAUGAACGGUGUAAGCGCGUAAAGAAAGCAAAUAGAGUUUAUCUGGGUAUUAAUUACGACAUUGGAUUGAUGAGUAUUUCUCAAAAUUACGAUUUAUUUAUCAAAUAUGAGUGACGAAUUAUUAUUUGAAUUUUUACAUUCAGAAGUAAUAAAUUAUGCCGUUAGCACGAAGGCAAAUAAAAAUGUCGAUUUGUCCACUAUUGAGUUUAUAGGAUUUUCCACUGGUUAUAGAAUUAUUGAAAGAUUAACAAAGGAAUGGCAACGAUUCAAAGAUGAACUGGAUACUAUGAAAUUUAUUUGUACAGAUUUCUGGUCAUGCUUGUACAAAAAGCAAAUUGAUAAUUUGAGGACAAAUCACCAAGGAGUUUAUGUUUUGCAAGAUAAUGCAUUUCGAUUUUUAAAUUAUGUUUCAGUAGGACAACAGUAUUUAGAAAAUGCUCCAAAGUAUGUAACCUUUACUUGUGGCUUGAUCCGAGGUUGUUUGGCCAAUCUUGGAAUAAAUAGCACUGUCACUGCAGAACUUCAAGCAAUGCCAUCCGUAAAGUUUCACAUUACUGUUAAUCGAUAA